AAAGUUGUCUGCUGUGUCUCGUGAAAAAUCUUAACGAUGGUCGAUGGUGCAAUUUUGCACGUAACGAACGAAUGAAUGCCGGUCGAAUUACUGGAAAGCUUUUAAAAUUACCUUUGUGCAAAAACAAAUGUAGAAAUCUUUGCUUGGUCACGAGAUUUGAGAACAAAGUGUCAAACUACACCUAGUAGAGUUUAUUGAAGAAAGUUUAUGUCACGGAAAAUUGAUUCAUUCGAUUUUGAUCCAGCAGAAGUAGCUGCUAGCUGUUAGGUUUUAGAAUGAUUCGAGCCAGUUCAUUAUUAGUUACUGGUUGCCGAAGUACUUGGCUUCUGCAGAAAUCAGUGGUUCACCGCCAUGUAAUGAGAGCAGCAGCAUCAAAAAAUCUUGAAGUUGUUACAAUUGAAGAUGUAACAAAGAAACCCCCAUUAGUUGUGAGGACAGUUUUGCAAAGCAACCCAGCGCUUGGAACAAACCAAGAUGUAGUGCAUAGUGUUGCACAAGUUUCUGGGAAAUCUCCCAGUGAUCCUGCAUUAUUGACACCAUCCAAACUGACAAAUCAUUAUAGUUCUCUGGCCAAGUUUCGAUUAACUGGACUUGUUGUGUGCUCCGCCGUGACUGGAUAUGCUAUGGCGCCAAUGCCAACUGACUUAACUACCUUGGGUCUUUGCCUUCUUGGUACGGCUUUGACUUCUGCUUCUGCAAACACGAUCAAUCAGUUUUUCGAGGUACCCUUCGAUUCACAAAUGGCAAGAACCAGCAAUCGAGUAUUGGUUCGUGGACUAUUGAGCCCUUUGCACGCUGUGUCUUUUGCGGCUGUGAGUGGAACGACUGGUUUAAUCAUCUUGAAUUAUGGAGUCAACGGAGUGUGCGCGUCUUUGGGUGCUCUGACUUUGGCGUUGUACACAUUGGUUUACACGCCAAUGAAGCGAUCUAGUAUAGCUAAUACGUGGGUCGGAUCCAUAGUUGGUGCCCUUCCUCCCCUGAUGGGUUACGCUGGUUGCACUGGUUAUCUAGACGCUGGCGCAUUGGUAUUGGGUGGAGUUUUAUAUGCCUGGCAAUUUCCUCAUUUCAAUGCUUUAUCGUGGAACCUUAGAUCCGACUAUUCCCGUGCUGGGUAUAGAAUGAUGGCCGUCACAAAUCCAGAUCUCUGCCGGAGAACAACGUUACGACAUACCGCUGCUUUGAUAGGAAUUUGUACGACCGCACCUGUUAUUGGAUUAACAACUUGGACGUUUGCUCUGGACUCUUUACCUAUAAACAUGUAUUUUUUGUAUUUAGCUUGGCGUUUUUAUCGCCAUUCGGAUAGCUCUAGUUCUCGGAAACUUUUCCGAAUGUCUUUGGCGCAUUUGCCUAUAAUUAUGAUCCUUAUGCUCGUUCACAAGAAGAGCGAGGACAGUGAAGACUGGCUGCUGAAAACAGUUCGUGGUCUCUAUCCUUCUCUUACCCAAAGUUGAUGCUCCUUGCAAAUAGAACUUUUAAAUAAAAGUGGACUAGUCGGACCAGUGUAAAUACAGUAUAUUCAAGGAA